AUCGUGAUACCAAUUUCACACGCGAAGUAUCGAGUCCCUUCAUGGCUAAACCUGCAGACAUAGUAGAUUUAGCAAUCAAGCAAACGAGUUCUCAACCCAUAGCUUCCCCAAUUGAUCUCAGUUCACCACAUUACACAGCUUAUGACUGCUCACCCUAAACCGGCAAAGGCUCGAGACCUCCUUCUGUAUCGUCUGGAUGAUGGUGUGAAUGGCCAAGAGACGACCUCCACUCCACGAUGAAUCCUGUAGUGUCAAGAAGGCUUCUGGGCAGCGUAGAAGGGAGGUGCCCCAGAUACCCGCAGUGGACAUGUCAAAUCAAUGGGCUGGGGUAACAAGGGUCCUCUGCGCAUCAUGGGACCGAGUAACGACAACUGGAUUCGACAUGUGAAUUUCGCCUUCGUUAUCAAACAUCCGAGCAACAGUCUAGCAGGUGAUACUCGACGUCGAGAACCUGCUUCUAAAGGCAUUCAAAACCUUGAAAUACGACCCCAAAUUCCUCUUGAGGAUGAGGAUAAACGACGUCGUCGUCAUCAUCUACCAUCUUCAUCGACUUCAGAAGCUCUUCAACAUCUUUCUAUACGGCAGCUGCAUAUUCUUCCCUGUUCUCCUCGUCAACAUGACAGAAGUCCUCCAGUUCUGAUCACCCAUACAUGAAUUCAACGUAUCCAAGGCUUUUGCGAUUUCGAAUUGCUUCUUCCUCCACUUCUGGUUCCAAGCUCAUCAGUUCGGCGUUGAUGAAAGCAUUUUCGAUCGAGCUUGGCGAAACAGAAUGCCAGGCUGUGAUCUUUCAUAGCAAAUUUCUUGCUUUCUAAAUUUCUUGCAUACCAAAUUUAUAGUUUGCUUUUAAUAUCUACCUUUUAUUCUUUCCAAUAACUACUACACUGCUAACCACAUAG